AUGUAUCUAAAGGACUUAAAACCAUAUGCAUAUGUGCCUCGAGUGGUGUCUUUGGGCCUUUUUCAUCACAGGAUGUCUCAGACACUCUCUCAAAUAGAGUUAAGAAAAGUAAAGGCCGUAAUUCCAUCAGUGAAAAGGGUCCCAAGAAACCAGCAGCACGCACGCUUUCUAGUGCAAAAAGUGCAGAGCCUGCUUCCAGAAAUUACAGCAAGCUACGAAGGAAAGCCAGAGUGCGAGGAAGAAAUCCUUGCGUGGCUCUUCACUCUGGACGGAUGCUUCAUUCUAGAAACUCUCAGGCUUCUCAGUGAUGAAUCGCGAUGGAACCCCAAUCCCGAUUGUCAAUUUGAUAUCUUUACUGACCUGCUGACGCUUGAAAAUCAGGUUCCCAUGAUCGUCCUCAUUCAGCUGUUGGAGAUGGAGGAAAACUUAACAGAAGAAACAGCAAGGAUACAGCUGCUUAGAAUGAUAUGUGACGGUAUAAUUGCCUUAGCCCACCCUUUCUCAUAUUCUAUGCAGCGGAAAACAGGGGAACCACUAAUAGAGCAUAAACAGCGGGAAGCAAAACUGAGAGAAGACCUCAAGUCAAAGUAUAGAAAUCUGAAGGAAUACAACCACAUUUUAGGAUUUUUUCAUGAUUUCAUUGUGAAUGAGUCCGAGACUAACCAUGGCAAAGAACAAACCCAGGAUGUUAAUAUAACAGUACCAGAGGGCCGUCAUCAUUCUCAUUUCGAUGGCUCUAAUCCUCGUAGAACACUCCAUGAUCGUAGAAAAGAGUCUGAUAAUGGAAUCCUUCGGGCUUCUGCGACAGAGUUAAACAAUAAAGGAAUGAAGUUCAAGGCGUACGAGGGAGUUCCGUCCACCAUGGAACUCCGUUUCGACAAAAAGAAAGAGACUUUGUUUCUCCCUGUGAUAUGGGUAUCUGAUGCUACAGAGAUGAUCUUCAGGAACCUCAUGGCUGUGGACGUCUGCCAAGAAAAAGAACUCACUGUUAUCUCAGAGUAUGUGUUUCUGAUGAAUAGUUUGCUCGAGUCUGACAAGGACGUGGCUUUGCUGAGGAAGAAGGGAGUAAUUCAGAGCUCCAUUGGUAGUGAUAAGGCAGCGACUGACCUGUUCAAUGUCCUGUGCAAAGGAAUUAACUUCACUCUCGCUGAUGAAGAUAAGUUUAUGAAAUUGAAGAGUGAUGUUAAUAGCUGGUACAGAAGCCGAACUGUUGUGAAAUUUAUGAGGUGGGUGGAGACUCAUCGAAAGCUUGUGCAAUUUGCCGCUAUGUUUUGGGCGGUUGUUCUUGUUUUGGCAAGUGCAGCGCCCUCAUUUGGGCAAAUAAUUAAACAAUUUUACAGAAACAACUGUAAUAAGGAUGAAUAG